AAUAUGGCGAGGUAAUGUUUGUAAUAUAAUUUUUCUCUAACUUUUUAUAAAUUAAAGAAAAAAAGCUUUGAAUUUUUUUUAAAAACUUUGUUAUGAUGUUUUUGGGAAGAAAAGAAGUUUUUUUAAGAAUAGUGCUAACUGGUGCCAUAGGUAUUUGUUCGUUCAUUGGUGAUCAAGGAUUGAAACAUGGAAAGACUGCCAUGACACGCGCGAUUUUUGACAAUGUCACUCACGCAAUUGUUGGUGGACUUACUUGGGCAGUUAUCUUAAAUUUGUCAAAAAAACCUCUUAUACAAAACUUUCCUAGCAUUUUCUUGUGUUUUUCUUUAUCAUCUUUUAUCGACAUAGAUCAUUUUAUUGCAGCAGGCAGUUGGAAGUUAAGUGAUGCAACACAUUUAGAAAAAAGACCAUUUUUUCAUUGUACCACUCUACCUAUAACAUUAUGGCUUAUGUUAAAUUUUUAUUCAAGUGUAUUUAAUCAUCCAAAAUUCAGUUAUUAUUCUUGGAUAAUAUUAGCAAGCUUUCUAAGCCAUCAUAUAAGAGAUGGUACAAGAAGAGGUUUAUGGUUUUGUCCUAUUGGUUCUACACAACCUAUUCCAUAUUAUUUAUACUUAAGUAUGAGUAUGAUACUUCCUCAUGUGCUACAAUGGUUGAUGAUACCAUCUAUGCAUGAAUAUAAGUCUUCAGAUAAUGAAACAUUAAUUGAUAUUGUGUAAAUAGUAUAAAGUAAAUAUGGCUAAAUGUAUAUAAUAUGUAUAAAUAUACAUGUAUAUAUAUCAAUGUAAUUUUUAUAUUAAUAUAUCAUGUA